AUGGUGUCACACAAUAACGUAUUGCCAAAUGUACACCUGCACAAAUGGUGGCAAAGGCAUGUAAGAGUAAAUUUCAGUAAGAACAUAAAAAAGAAGAAAAGAAGAUUGUUAAGGGAAAAGAGAAGAAAGGAAAAUGGAGGAACUCCCAUUGAAAAAUUGCACCCCAUAGUGCAGUGCCCAACUCAAAGGUACAAUUUCAGAUCAAGACUUGGAAGAGGAUUCACCCUUGAGGAAUUGAAGGGAGCCAAGUUAAAUCCCCUUGCAGCCCAAAGCAUAGGAAUCUGUGUUGACAAAAGGAGAAAAAAUAGAUGCGAAGAAACAUUAAAAAAAAACAUCGAGAGGUUGGAGAAAUAUAAGCAAUGCUUAGUUAUGAUCCCCUUGAAGAAUUCCAAAAUUAAAAACGGAAUUGGAGGAAUACCAGCGGACAGCAGCAAAGAUGUAGUUAAAGAAUUAAGAAAGAAGAAACAGUUACGUAGCAUAUUCAAGAAGGAAAGAAACACCAAGCCAUUCUAUGAGUCCAUAGAGGUAUCCAAGAUUGACAAAUCCUACUUGGCAUAUAAGACAUUACGUAGAGCUAAACUAACCGAAAGAAGAAAGAACAAACAACAACAGAGAAAAGACAUAAAGAGAAAGUCCAAGGAUAAUUGA